AUGUUCUACAGCCAUGAGAUCCUUACCUCGCCAGAGCAUGGUGUCGCAACAAUAUGGCUAGUUGCAACUCUGGGAUCCCGGUCCAUUUCCAGAAGACUGAACAGAAAAGCCAUCCUGGACGUGGAUGUCCCCAAUGCAUGCCGAGUUAUCAUCAAUCCCGACGCACCCAUGGCCCUUCGACUGCAGGGGAGCUUGCUCUACGGAGUUUCUCGAGUGUAUAAUCAACAGUGUGGGUACACGCUGCUUGACACACAGGCGAUGCAUGACAAGAUGGUCUCCAAGUUAAAGAUCAUCCCGGCGAGUGGGCUUGAUCCCGCUGCCGGACAGACCAAGCCUAGCAAUCUCAUCUUACCUUAUGACCCGUCCUUCUUGCCCGAGACAGCCCUCCCAGGACUUGAAAUUGACCUGUCCUACUUCAGUGGCACCCCUGACGAUAGCUCAAGCCAACCCAGUGGUCUCUGGAUCAAGUCGCCCAAUAACAGCUUGUCUGGGACUUCGCAACUUUCAAGCUUGCACCUCGAGCUCCCUUCAGAUGAUAUUCUAGGAGAUGGUACUAUCAUUGGCCUUGAUGAGACCCAUGAGUCUGCGCAGAAGAAAUAUACCUUGCGCAGCAUCAUGGGUCUAAGCUUAGGCAAUGAAGAGGGUGUUCUCCUUCAGCCUGACUUUGAAAUUGACGAGGAUGGCAAUAUUAUCGAGCUCGGUGCCGGAUGGCAGUCCCCUCGUGUAAGGAAGUCCACCGCUGGUCCGAGGGAAAGCGAAGGACUGAUGGACGACCAACAACGCCAGCUCUAUGAAGACUCAAUGCAGAUUGACAACGAGGAUGUUAGAGUGGCCGAGACCAACGACGUGAUAGAGCUCGACACUCAGACCGCAGGCCCGACGAUUCUCCAGAUGAAUGAAGGACUGGAUGGGGUUGAAGAAACAAUUGACAUCCAAGCCGCGAGGACCCGUCGAAUUAGGCGCCCGAAGGAAAUCAUCUCUGACGAUGCUACGGCUCUUCGAAACAUGACGCUGGCUCAAUGGAACAAUGAAUACGUUGCGAACAUGGCUGAAGCACUCAAGCAAAAGCAGCAGAAAAAAAUUCCAACCAUUUCGAAGAAGAACGCUGUUUUCUGGGUUUUCGGUCAGGGAAUCGGCUCGGUUGGAAUCGGACUGGGGAUGGGCCGUGAACUGCAUCCGCUCCACCUUUACUCGGGGGAGAAUUUGUUUGCAGCCGUUGGUGGAUACCCUCAGCGAAACGGGCGAAAGCGCAGUGCAGAUGACGAUGAAAGAUCAGAGGGACGUCAAGUACGAGCGAGAGAUGAACAAGCGGAGCAUCUCAGCCGUGAGAACAUCGAACGUCUUAACAUGGAAGUUGAAGUCGGCCGUGAUGCUCCUUCGAGUCUAUUUGAUGACCACUCUUCCCAAAUGCCAUGGAACAUCACCGCUUCUAUUCAAAGCUCUCGGCAGAGAAAUCGAUUCGGUAGUGUUAGCGAACUGUCUUCUCAAGGACGCAAGGGCCGCAGCCGUCUCACGAGCGCCAGUCCCCUUGCUGGGCGCAGCUAUCUUGGAGGUCAAGACCGACUUGGCCUCGAGCUCCUGGGCGAUUUCGGAGAUGACCUAGAUCUCACCCGUUAUCUCGAAGGCGAGCUUGCAACCGACCGCGAGAAUAUCAGCUCACUCUCGCCAAGCAAGCGGUCUGCUCUUGAACGUGCCAAGUCAACUCUUGAUCGGGAAAGCCUGAAUUUCAUAGAGUUCAUGAAGACCAAGAUGGGUACUGGUAACGAUAGCAAAGCAGGAAACGCGCAAAGCCCGAACAGCAACGUGUGUGGCCCGGUCGCGCCCAGACUCGGUCAGACCACAUUCGCGAGUCUUCUUCCUCCUGGGAGUACGACCCGGGCUAUCGCGACUCAGGCUUUGAUGAAUGUGCUCACGCUCGCUACAAAGGGUGUGCUGCAUGUCCACCAGGACGAAUACAUUGACGAGAGCACUGAGUGGGCAGUCUGCUAUCGCUAUGGCGAAAUCUUUUUGCGAUUAUCUGGAAUGUGA